AUAGCUGAUAUACUGGAUGGGGAGGAGAGUCUUAACCUGACAACCACUACACUCAAAAGAUGUAAACAACAGGUACUCAGACCCUACUGGAGACUUCUCAUGUUUAUAGGAUGGAGGGGGUUCGGCAGAGAGUCAGUGAACUUUGGCAGUAAGAGAUGGACUGUGUUAAAUGUUGUGUACCCUGUGUGUGUCGUGUGUUUGUUAUUAUAUACCUAUGUUUAUGAAAUUGUUGCUUGUCAGUGGAAGCUUGAUCUUCACAAGGAUACUCAGGUUGCUACCACCCCAAUCACUACAUCUCCAGUAUCACCAGAGGUUGAUAACAGUACAGCAGCUACAGAGGGGGGUCUCGUAACACUCUCCCUCCCCUUAAUAAAGAAUCUCACCAGCAUGCGCAAGAUUGGCCCAGCGGAGCGCCCCGAGGCAUGCAGGCAUAUCAUCACCACCUAUGUCAUUCCAAAUAUUCUACACUUUGUGGCGUACAUUAUGGGAAUGAUUCACUUUAGAAUUCAGGAGAAUGAGCAGUUAUAUGCCAUUAUGGAGAAGGUUUUCUUACAAGCAACACCUUCCUAUAGUCGGUCAGCUUCUCAGCAAAAGAUGAUCAAAAAACUUAGGAUAUUAAUGGCAAUUGGUGCUAUUUGGGUGGCAAUAACACUAGUCAUGCAAGGCCUCUAUGAGUAUGCCUUUAAUUUCCCACAACUUCUCUUCUUUCAAAAAAUGGGGAAGAGUGUUCACUGGGUGCUGUUUAGUUUUGAAUUGUUGGGGAUCCUGAUGUUGAAUUCUGUGACUUUAGCAGUGAUAGCUAACUAUGUGACACACUGUGAAAUGGUUCUAUUUUAUAUACGAGGACUAGCGCUGAGAUUGCACGAAAAAUCUACCGAGUUGAAGGCAGCAAUGAAGGACAUUCUUUUCAUCAAACAAAAUGUUGGUUUACUAAAUGGUCCUGUUGCAAGAAUGACGGCUCUAAUAUCAGUCAUUUUUGCAGAGUUGACAAUCAUAGGGGUCUGUAUUCUUGUGUUGAACAAAAAUGAUUCCAUAAAAGUCUGGGUCUACAGGAGUUGUUUCCCUUUGGUGUGGCUUUUCAUUCUUAUUGGUCCAUUGUAUCAGGCAGCUCGGGUAAAUUCAGUGUCCAUGAGAAUGAAGAAGAUAGCUUUAGAGAUGAGAGUGUUUGGAUACAAGAAUUCCUCACAGUUAGAGCUGGAUUCUUUCAUUUUAUUUGUCAGCCAAGCAAGGAUGAAGGCGAAGCUUUUCCAUAUACCCAUUCUUCCACAGUAUCUUAUAGCUAUUCUGGUAUUAGGGGCUUUUAUUCUACUUAUCCUAUUCCAAACCAGUGUGAUCGGCCCUGUCAACUACUGGUUCUAAUUAAUGACCUA